AUGGGAAGUCUAGAUGCUAUGGAACAUGGUAAAGCAGCACAACAGGCAGUCAAAAAGGAAGCCCAAGCUUCUAAGAAGGCUGAAACGUUCGACAAUGCGACUACCUCGCCUUACUUUUCUGAAAGUGAUGCAGUCCGUGUAGCACAAGGAGUGACGGGAGCAGUAGUAGACAAAGGAUCACUAAAGAAAUUUAUGUUGGAAUGA